UGGCUUUCCUCAACCCUUUCGGCUACAACAUUGUGACGGCGGAAGUAGAGUAUGGACUAGGGUUGGGGUUGGGGUCAGUCCCCGCGCACGGACAGAAGCGCGUCUUGCCGUGGACGACGACUAGGGUCACAUACAGUAUUUACGAAACAACACCAGAUAUCUGAAGACAUGCCCAUUGCAACGUCGUUGCGAUCAGUGUGUUGCGCUCGGCUCAAACAGUCACACUGAGACAGCGAUGGCACUGAAGUACCCCAUAAAGACGACCGCAGGGCUUGACCAACCCAACACGCUCUCUCUACCUCCUCCACAGACCUUCGAGAUCUUGCCGCCGCUCCACGAGCUGCUUGCCCGUGUCGACGCCCAUCAGAAUCAAAUCCCCGACGCUGGUCAUACAAGCGAGUUCACGAGCCUCGAUGAAUCUCCAGGCGAUCUCGGAUCCGCUUACGCUGAGCUCGAACCUUUAAAUCCAAAGGACCUGCCGACCGCCGCGCUUGAGAUUAAGGGAAGAAUCCGUAAUGCCUUGCGCGAGAUAGGGAAGCUUCCGGAUAUCGACCGCAGCAUCGAGCAGCAGGAGCAGGAUAUCGCGGAGUUGCAAGAGAAGAUCGAGAAGCAAAAGGCUGUACUGCAGCGGCUUGCUGAGACAGCCCGUGUUAUGCAGCAAAACUUCCGAUGAGAGCCAAGCUGCUCGAUGUCGCAGGGUUGUGUGAAUAGUAGCCUGCCAUCACCACUCUCACACAUGCACGGGGUGUGACAUGGCAGGUUUCUCAAUUCGUUCAUUUGACAAUCCCAGCGACGACCGCGGCAGCUUACCGACUCGGUGCGACGCAAUCUCAAUCAUCACGGGCGUGUUUCAAGGCAAGCAUAGCGCCAUUGUCAAGGUGCACAAUAGAGUGGAAUACCCGCACUAAGCCCAGGAGCGAGUGGCCGCG